UCUUGCGUUGCGAUUGGAUCUGAGGGCUUUUCUAUUUUAUUGCCCAAACGACACACUUCCAUCGGGAAGAGAAACCGCUUUUUCUUUUUCAUUUUUUUUUAGCCUCCCUAAUCAUCAUUCGUUCUGUGUGAUUCGAUCGGAAACUCGAAGCAGUUUCUUUCUGUUAGCUUGCCGAAAGUUGGGUUUUUUUUUAUUUUUUACUUUCUUUUAUUAUUGUUCUGGUGGUCGCUCUAGAAUUGGGGUUUUCAUUUUGUUGAAGUGUUGAGGGACUUCAGAGUUAAGAGUCGAGUUGGUGCUGCCAAUGCCAUUGGUGUCGUUUCUGGGGAAAUUUUCGGUGGUUUUUGAGAUACCGAAAAACUUUGAGCUCAACAAUGUCCUGGGCAGGCCCUGAAGAUGUCUACCUUUCCACUUCACUCGCUAGUUAUCUGGACAAGAAACUUCUUGUAUUGCUGAGAGAUGGUAGAAAGCUACUGGGAACACUUCGCUCUUUUGAUCAAUUUGCUAAUGCUGUUCUUGAGGGUGCCUGUGAGAGGGUUAUUGUUGGUGAUCUGUAUUGCGAUAUCCCUUUGGGUCUCUAUGUAAUCCGUGGGGAGAAUGUUGUUUUGAUUGGUGAGCUGGACCUGGAAAAAGAGGAACUUCCCCCACAUAUGACACGUGUUUCAGCUGCAGAAAUUCGAAGGGCACAGAAAGCAGAAAGGGAGGCUACAGAUCUGAAGGGAACAAUGAGGAAGAGGAUGGAGUUCCUGGACUUGGACUAGUAAACCCUACAUUCACACAUCCUUGCCUUUUCUGUCCGCAAAUAUUAUAGCGGCUGCUUUUCACGCUCUCUCAUUCUCUCUUAUAUUUUUCUUGUGUUGGUAACUGUUUAGAUGUAAUUGUAGGAAUUAGGAGGAUUGAACGUUGCUAAAUAUUCUUCUUUGUGAUAUUAGCCUGAAUGAAUACAGGUUGAUUCCUUUUCUUGAGAAAAUGCUUUUGUUGCCAUGAUUUCAAGGCCUCAACACCUAUCUGUUUGGAAGUACAGGGGAAUUAAUUUAUCA